GUAGAUCUCCGGAAUGCCCCCGGCGUCUGAGAUAAAAUGAAGACGAAUCCUUAGUAGGGGAAGAAGGAUAAAACAGAGGGAAGGGUGUGGAGGACACAGAGCUCUCAGCUAAUGACAGGGCUACUCUGCAUCACUGCACUGACUAAUGAGCACUCCAACAAGGGAACCAUGCCUGUCCGGAGGGGUCAUGUUGCGCCACAAAACACAUUUUUGGGAGUCAUUAUCCGGAAAUUCGAAGGACAAAAUAAGAAAUUCAUCAUAGCCAAUGCCCGCGUACAGAACUGCGCCAUCAUCUACUGUAAUGACGGCUUCUGCGAGAUGACUGGUUUCUCUCGGCCGGACGUCAUGCAGCGGCCGUGCACCUGCGACUUCCUGCACGGCCAGCUCACCACCCGGCACUCGGUGGCCCAGGUGGCCCAGGCUCUGCUGGGCUCAGAGGAGCGCAAGGUGGAGAUCACCUACCACCGCAAGGACGAUUCAACCUUCCUGUGCACCACCCAUAUCAUCCCCGUGAAGAACGAGGAGGGCGUGGUCAUGAUGUUCAUCCUCAACUUCGACCACGUCCUGGAGGAAGGCAGCAGCGACUCGCUGGAUAGACUCAACCACACCUCGCCAUCCAAAGCUGACCAACGCAAAGGGAGAUUCUUUCGCUUCCGUUUCCCGGCCAUACCUCUCCUGGGCAUCAGCAAGCAGUCGCUGCCCCAGGAAGACCCCGACGCCGUCACGGUGGACUCCCCGCGCCACAGCGACGGCUCGGUGGCGACGCGCGACUACCAGCUCCCCGCCACCCGCGAGAGCUGCAGCCCCUCCUACGCCAACGACACCCGCGCCCUCAUCGGCCCCAGCCACUGCUCCACCCCCGUUUCCGGGCCCUUGGACCACUCGUCGCCCAAGGACCCCUGGGAUCGGACGUACCCGGACCAGACCAUCACCCAGACCCACCACCGGAGCAAGGAGGACACGCUCACUGCAGCGCCGUCAAUCCCAGGCCUUACUCCAACCGCCUCCAGGGAGAGUGUGUGCAGUAUUCGCAGAGCCUCCUCCGUACAUGACGUGGACGGCUUCGGGACCAACUCCAAGAUGCCGUUCAGGGACAGACACGCCAGUGAAGACAAUGGCCGCAAUAUUAAAGUGUCUCGCUCCUGGAUGGCCGGGGGGCCACUCAGCCAGAUCAAGUCCAGCCUGCUGGGCUCCACCUCCGACUCCAACCUCAACAAGUACAGCACCAUCAACAAGAUCCCCCUCAUCACGCUCAACUUCUCUGAGGCCAACAAUGACAGGAAGUGCCCCUCCCCUCCAUCCUCUGAGAAAACCAUCAUCGCCCCGAAGGUCAAAGACCGCACGCACAAUGUCACCGACAAGGUCACGCAGGUUCUCUCUCUGGGUGCAGACGUGCUGCCUGAGUAUAAGCUCCAAACACCGCGCAUGGACAAGUGGACCAUCCUUCACUACAGUCCCUUCAAAGCCGUGUGGGACUGGCUGAUCCUGCUGCUGGUCAUCUACACGGCCAUCUUCACGCCCUACUCCGCCGCCUUCCUCCUCAACGACAUCGAGGAGCAGAGGAGGCGGGAGUGCGGCUACUCCUGCUCCCCCCUCAACGUGGUGGAUCUGAUGGUGGACAUCAUGUUCAUCGUGGACAUCCUCAUCAACUUCAGGACCACGUACGUCAACGCCAACGAGGAGGUGGUCAGCCACCCGGCCAAGAUCGCCAUCCACUACUUCAAAGGCUGGUUCCUCAUCGACAUGGUGGCCGCCAUCCCAUUCGACCUGCUCAUCUUCGGCUCAGGAUCGGAUGAGACCACCACUCUGAUCGGUCUGCUAAAGACUGCCCGUCUGCUACGGCUGGUACGAGUUGCCCGUAAGCUGGACCGGUAUUCAGAGUACGGCGCUGCCGUCCUCAUGCUGCUCAUGUGCAUCUUUGCUCUUAUUGCCCAUUGGUUGGCCUGCAUCUGGUACGCCAUCGGCAACGUGGAGAAGCCUUACCUGGAGCAUAAGAUUGGCUGGCUGGACAACCUGGGGGUGUCGAUAGGAAAGAAGUACAACUACAGCGACCCCAGCUCAGGGCCCUCCAUCAAAGACAAGUACGUCACGGCACUCUACUUCACCUUCAGCAGUCUGACCAGCGUGGGCUUUGGGAACGUGUCCCCCAACACCAACUCUGAGAAGAUCUUCUCCAUCUGCGUCAUGCUCAUUGGAUCUCUAAUGUACGCCAGCAUCUUUGGGAACGUGUCCGCCAUCAUCCAGAGGUUGUAUUCAGGUACAGCCAGGUAUCACCUCCAGAUGCUCCGGGUCAAAGAGUUCAUCCGCUUCCACCAGAUCCCAAACCCGCUGAGGCAGAGGCUGGAGGAGUACUUCCAACACGCCUGGACGUACACCAACGGCAUUGACAUGAAUAUGGUCCUGAAGGGUUUCCCAGAGUGCCUGCAGGCGGAUAUCUGCCUCCACCUCAAUCAAACCCUCCUCGAGGGCUGCAAGGUGUUUCAAGGAGCCACCAAGGGCUGCCUCCGGGCCCUGGCCAUGAGGUUCAAGACCACCCACGCGCCCCCUGGAGACACCCUGGUCCACGGCGGAGACGUGCUCACCGCGCUCUACUUUGUCUCCCGCGGCUCCAUCGAAAUCCUCAAAGACGACGUCGUAGUGGCCAUCCUCGGGAAGAACGACAUCUUCGGCGAGAUGAUCCACCUGUUCACCAAGCCGGGGAAAUCCUGCGCGGACGUGCGGGCGCUGAGCUACUGUGACCUCCACACCAUCCAGAGGGAGGAGAUCCUGGAGGUGCUGGACAUGUAUCCGGAGUUCGCCGACCACUUCCUCACCAACCUGGAGCUGACCUUUGACCUCCGAGAUGAAAAGACGACUGAUUCCAACAUGGAAGACAUCGAGGGUCGAAGACGGGUGUCCUACAGGAGGAAAUCCUCCACAGGCUCCCACAACAAGGAGCCGGCGGUCGCCUACUGCGACGCCAAGCAAGGGAGGCACGUCUUCGCCCCCUCAGCAGCCGAGGAGACGAGGGAGUCCGCCGAGGAGGGGGAGGAGGAGGGGGAGGAGGAGGACGACGAGGAGGAGGGCAGGGAGGAGGAGGAGGAGCAGAGGCCCUUGUGUGCUGGUGUGCUGGGCUACCCGGUGGUUAGGGACCACACCGUGGGCGUCGGGCUGAGCGGCGCUCCAGACGCGCAGGCCGGAGACAACGUGCAGAACCAGACGUAUCAAGAGCUCCAUGCAGACGAGUGGGUGCGUCAGCGUCCCGUCGAGGGCGCGGAGGAGGCGGCCCGGUGUCGAGAGACGCCAGCCGGGGAGGACGACAGCGACACAGACCUCACCUACGGAGAGGUGGAGAACCGGCUGGACCUCCUGCAGCAGCACCUCAGCAGACUGGAGUCCCAGAUGACUUCAGACAUCCAGGCCAUCCUGCAGCUCCUCCAGAGGCAGACCACGUCCGGCCCCCCCGCCUACAGCACCGUCACCUCCAGCCCAGAGUACCAGAGGCCGGCCAUCAGGAUCCAGCCGGUGCCCGCCCUCCAGACGGAGCUCCGCCUCGAUCCUGCUCCUCCUCGGCCACAGAGCCCCGACCCAGAGAAGGCCCAGAUCAAAUCCAAAGAGACGCCCCCAGUCCUCCGCCGCACAGAGACUCUUCCAGAUGGGAACAUUGUUGGACUGCCCGAGGGCGCCCCAGAGCAAAGACACACACAAAAUGGCGUGGACUCUGUAGAGCAGCGCCACCACCAACAGCCACCGAGGUUAACAUCAGGCCGACAAGCCUCUCUACCCGACGUCCCCAACAGCUCAGGAAUGUUGGAACUCCACCGGCCAGUUUCUGACCCGUGGCUCCCAGGAAAGUAGGCCUCCCCCGAACCCUUCGACGUCCACCGACACUCUUCUCUCAAGCUUGACUCAGGGUCUAAGAAAGAGACUGUAUAUGCAAAGGAAAACAAACUGUAGACUUUCUUCCACUCCUUUUCAGAUAUUCUCCCAGCUCCCGCCCUUCCAACUCUGAUUUAGAUGUAUAAAGUCCAUUUAUACAGAGGUAUUUAUACACUAUAUUAUGACCAUAUGUUAAGUCAUCAUCUACCAUGUACAUACUUCAAAUAGAACACUGCCAGCGACACGAGGCACCUGAUGUGCUAUUUCUAUUAUGCAUGUUUUGGUUUCUUUUCUCUCUGGUCGCAUGUUCCUCACACACGCCAACACUCCCCAGGCCAUCAGGUGUGAUCUCGGCAUGCUUACAGACUACUGUAGCUAUCAAGUCUCAUUUUCUAGGACUCCUCCCUCUUUCACAGGGACAAAGCUACUUGAAACUUUUUCCGAGCCAUUUCUAUAUUCCACUCCGCGGCUUUGAAGUUCAUCUUUUAUUCGCAGCUCCAAACUCGAGAUCCGUCUGUAUAUUUAGAUGUACAUCAUGGCAGAAAUACUUUUGGUAACUCGUUGACAUCUAACCAUCCAGACCAAAAAUCAAAACCCUCAAACUUGACAGGAUGUCUUACUCGUGCACGUAAAGCAACAGGAAGCAACAUCCUGGAUCUUCGUCACAGCUGACGAUUAGUUCUUAGUUGCAUGCUUUAGGUCUUCCAUUCUCUUCUUAAAAAGAACAAUUUUGUAAAUAAAACCAAAAACAAUCUCUAGAAAGCAUCAUGAGAAAAACAAAAAGUUAGUCAUGUUUUGGGCCGAGGACGCGGCUCCGCCUCCACUAGCCUUAGCUUCAUAAGCCUGCUCUAGCCUUGACACAUUACGUCAAUCCAACGCAACAAAACCCUGCUUCUCCACACCGUCACAUGUAGACGUACUCAACCAUUUAGGUUGCAUGUGAAAAAUAAUCAUUUGUUUCCUGAAUACACGAGCUCAUGUAUUGCAUGGAGGCCGUACUCGAUUAAACUCUAAAAGGUCUCAAUGACGCGUAUCGAUCUGUAAGGUUCGGCACAUAACUCAUCGGUUUGACCUAUUUUUCUAUGUACCUCGUUGUGAAGACCUCGGUGUUAGUUAGAAUGCAGUGACCUGCUGAUGGGAAGAUGAAUGCAGAGCCUCUCAAUAUGUAGCAAGACUUCAAGCUGGAUGCUACAUGUACUGUACGUAGCUCGUCUUUAAUACUGCACACUGAUUUUCAUAUCAUUUCUGCAUCCACUUCACCCUCACUGAACGAUUCAGCUCGUUGAAAUCCAACACUUUCCUGUCAUCUGAAGCCUCUGGCUUCAUGUUGUGGCCACGCAACCUGAGACGUCGUCAUGCUGGAGAAACGGGACGAUGCAGAUGUUUCCAGCAGAGCGGGGGGGGG